UUUUCAUUCCUACAUAAAUUGCCUUGUCAGCUAAACGGAACAAAAUUGUCUGAUGCAAUAAGCGACUACUAUUUUGCUAAAAAAGUAAUUUCAAGUAAAAUUCGUUGUAAACCUUGAUAAAAGCAAAUAUUAAUUUAAUUUAAGAACUAGUUAUGGACGCUGAAGACGGGUUCGAUCCAACAUUAUUGAAGAAAAAGAAGAAGAAGAAGACCUUCGACCUUGACGCUGCACUUGGUCUUGAUGAUGGCAGCAAAAAAGAGGAACCUAAGGAGGAGGCUCCAAUGGAUACCGGGGCUGCUGAUUUAGACGACAACUUGGAUUUAGAAAGUUUCGGCAAGAAGAAAAAAAAGAAGAAGAAGCCUUUCAAUUUAGAUGAGCUUGAAGGUGCAUUGCCAUCAGCUAAAGAAGAUGAAGAGGAGGGAAACAUUGCUGUGCAGGAGGAACCUGAAGAAGAUGACAUCAAUUUAGAUAUGGACUUUUCAAUGGCCAAAAAGAAAAAGAAGAGUAAAAAGAAGGAUUUGGAUGAGCUCUUUGCAGACAAAGGUGAAGAAGACAAAAGCGAGGACAAAGAGAAUGUCGACGAUAACAGUUCAUCUUGGGCCGGAUCCGAUCGUGAUUACACAUAUGACGAGUUAUUGAACCGUGUUUUCGAAAUCAUUCUCGAUAAAAAUCCUGAUAUGGCAGCAGGACGUAAGCCGAAAUUUGUUAUGAGACCUCCUCAAGUAUUGCGUGUCGGCACUAAGAAAACUUCAUUUGCUAAUUUUAUGGAUAUAGCGAAAACAUUGCAUCGGCUACCAAAACAUUUAUUGGACUUUUUGUUAGCUGAAUUAGGUACGAGUGGUUCAAUGGACGGAAACCAACAACUUAUUAUUAAAGGUCGUUUUCAACCUAAACAAAUUGAAAAUGUACUGCGUCGUUAUAUCAAAGAGUACGUGACCUGCCACACCUGCCGCUCCCCCGAAACUAUUCUGCAAAAGGAUACCCGAUUGUUUUUCCUACAGUGUGAAUCUUGUGGAUCCAGAUGUUCCGUAGCAAGUAUUAAAUCUGGUUUCCAAGCCGUUACUGGAAAACGAGCUGCGAUUCGUGCGAAAACAUCAUAAG